CCAUGCCACCGUUUCAUUUCUUGUAGUCCAUGGCCAUGCCAUCGUUUCAUUUUAUGCAGUCCAUGGCCAUGCCAUCGUUUCAUUUUUUGCAGUCCAUGGCCAUGCCAUCUCCCGCAUUUUUUGCAGUCCAUGGCCAUGCCAUCGUUUCAUUUUUUGCAGUCCAUGGCCAUGCCAUCUUCCGCAUUUUUUGCAGUCCAUGGCCAUGCCAUCUCCCGCAUCUUUUGGUGGCUGAUCUGUGCCUCGACCGUACGGUCCAUGGCGUUGCCAGCAAUUAAUUUAAAUUAA